GGUGAGGAUUGAGGGAGGGAAGUGGGUGGCGCGAGCGACAUUUUCCAUAAAGAAAUGAAUCCCGACAGGUAAUCGGAUUAAAGUGAGUUUGUUUCAAAUUGGGGCUUUUGACAGCAGGCUCUGCACUCGGUCACCAGUAGCCGUCCUCAGCGGACCCCCUCAUUCACUGGAAGUAAGGAAAGCAGCAGAGAAACAGCCAGGAUGCCAGCUGAUUUGAACGGAUAUUGGAAAAUGAUUUCCAAUGAUAACUUCGAGGAGUACCUUAAGGCCCUAGAUGUAAAUGUUGCCAUCAGGAAGAUCGCCACCUUGUUGAAGCCUGACAAGGACAUCACUCACGAUGGGGACCACAUAAUCAUCAAAACCCUCAGCACCUUCAAAAACUACAACAUGGACUUCUAUGUGGGCAAAGAGUUUGAGGAGGACCUUAGUGGAGUGGAUGACAGGAAAUGCAUGACCACUAUCACCUGGGAGGGAGACAAGCUGGUGUGUGUGCAGAAGGGGGAGAUCGAAGGAAGAGGGUGGACCCACUGGGUGGACGGAGAUGAGCUUCAUCUGGAGCUGAGAGCUGCAGGAGUUGUUUGCAAGCAGGUCUUCAAGAAGACCUAACCUGGCUCUUAUAGAAUGAGACGGUGCCCUCGGCUCCCAAGCCUCUGACAUACCAUCCAACUUCCCUUUGGUCCAUUCAUCUCCACGUAGCUACUAAUCUACCAAUCUUGUAUGUAUUUUCCAUCAAAAAUACUAUUUUGGCAACCAUCACAGUUGGUGAAUUAUUCCUCCAAGAUUGCUUUACUCUGCCACAGCCAACUCAUACACUGUAUGGUAAAGUGCGGGUCGGCGUGUGCAUCGUGUAACAUCAUCAAAAUGCAAUACUGUACAUCUGUCUCAGGGUGGGUGCUCUUUUGACUAACAAAUUUUAGAUGUGUUGGACACAUGCAUACUGCUGCUGUACUUGUAGCUGAUCUGACGGGUGAACCAGAUUGAUGAUUCAAUGAAUUUGAAAGACCAGUGGGAAAGCAAUGGACGCAGUGAAGCAAAGAGGAAAUUAAAGGGGUUAAUCCCAUUUUAAUUCUCUCAAUGAAUUUUGUGGAUGUAAAAAGAUGAACAUGUGACUGUGUUUGAGGGCUGUAAACUCAGUUGCUAGUGAUGCUUAGUCUCCAGUGUGUAUUUAUCCCUCUCAAUUCCUUUGGGAUUCUGCCAUUGAUAGUGAAAUUAAUGAAUCAAUAAAGUAAACAGUGCUUAAUAAUG